AUGAGUCAUGGAUUAAGUAUUGAUACAGAUUACAUCGCUAAUAACAUUCAAACAUAUAUUGAUGAUAACAUCUUUUUUGAUAUUUUUGAAGAAGAUAUCAUCUCUGAAACACUAGCGAAAACUUCACUUAAUUCUCAGAACUUCAUUACCCUUUUUACUCAAGGAAAAUUGAAAUAUAGCUCAUGCAAGCUAUUCAAUUGUGUUCGGAAAUGCAAAGUUUGCAUUGGUUCAUUUGACGAAGCAAUUCAAAUUCUCGAGAGCUACAAAAGUUAUUUCAAACUCGAAUCUGCUCACGUAUUAAUAGAGUACUUGAAGCAAUUCAGAUCAGAACAUGUUUCAGAUUCAAACGAAGUCACAAAAUUACAAGCCAAAAUUGAAAAACUCAAAACAAAUUUACAAAAGAUUAAAGAUGAAAAUCAUCAAUACAAAAAUGAAAUAUCAUUUAAAAAUAAAGAAAACAUUCAAUUAAAUCGAUCUAUUAAUAAAUUUACAGAAAUUACUAAAUUAUUAAACACUGAUGACUUUAAAUCAGUAUACAAAUUCCUCAAAGAACUCUCAACUCAAGGUGAUACAAUUUCUAUGUCUAUUUCAUGUGCAGUUGGAUUAAGUGAAAAGAAAGAUUCAUAUAAAAAUACAUCACUUAUUAAUGCAUUUAGGAAAGGAGAUCUUCAAUUAGUAAAACAUCUCAUUGAAGGAGGCUGUGAUAAAGAAGCUGUUAGUUAUAAUGGCAAUAAUUGCUUAAUUAUAUCAUCUGGAAAUGGUCAUCUUGAAGUUGUUAAAUAUCUUAUUUCAAUUGGAGUCAAUCCAAACGACAAAAAUAACGAUGGAUUUUCAUCAAUAAUUAUUGCAUCAGAAAAUGGUCAUCUUGAAGUUGUUAAAUAUCUUAUUUCAAUUGGAGUCAAUCCAAACGACAAAAAUAACGAUGGAUUUUCAUCAAUAAUUAUUGCAUCAGAAAAUGGUCAUCUUGAAGUUGUUAAAUAUCUUAUUUCAAUUGGAGUCAAUCCAAACGACAAAAAUAACGAUGGAUUUUCAUCAAUAAUUAUUGCAUCAGAAAAUGGUCAUCUUGAAGUUGUUAAAUAUCUUAUUUCAAUUGGAGUCAAUCCAAACGACAAAGAUAACGAUGGAUUUUCAUCAAUAAUUAUUGCAUCAGAAAAUGGUCAUCUUGAAGUUGUUAAAUAUCUUAUUUCAAUUGGAGUCAAUCCAAACGACAAAGAUAAUGAUGGAAAUUCACCAAUAAUUGUUGCAUCACAAAUUGGUCAUCUUGAAGUUGUUAAAUAUCUUAUUUCAAUUGGAGCAAAUCCAAAUGAUAAAAAUAACGAUGGAUUUUCAUAUAUAAUUUGUGCAUCACAAAAUGGUCAUCUUGAAGUUGUUAAAUAUCUUAUUUCGAUUGGAGCAAAUCCAAACGACAAAAAUAAUUAUGGUAGUUAUUCACUUCAUUUAGCUGCCAAAAAUGGGUAUUUUGAAGUUAUUGAAUAUUUAAUAUCCAUUCAUGUAAAUGUUAAUGAUAAAAACAAAAGCGGGAAAACUGCACUUGAUAAUGCAAGGGAAAAGGAAAAUGAAAAUAAAAAUUAUAAAAAGAUUAUUAAUCUUCUUUUGCAAUCAGGUGCUCAAUAG